AUGAAUGCGCCGAUGAAGCAAGAACAUGUUGAUAGGGGCCUUACCGUAGAGGACUCCAUGGCACCACUUGACCCUGCAUCUAGACGAAGGCUACAGAAUCGCCUCAACCAGCGUGCUAGUCGUGAAAGGAAGCAAGCUGAGAAGAAGCGACAGAAGCAAGAACAACGCUGGGUUAUCUACACCAAUGAAGCCAAGGCCUUCCCAGUGGCCGAAGACAUUCAAUUGACAAGUGUGCCAAAAUCGACGCCACCACGUGAAACCCCCCGGCGAGCCAAGAUCACAAGAGUUCUUCCUUUUGUGCAAUCGGAAAAGCGCCGCCAGAACAGUAUCUGGCUCUUACAAGAACGCAAGUGA